GUUUUUGAAUGUAAAUCGAAUUGAUAGGUUUUAUUAAUUUGUUUGAUAUGUAUAUUAACUUGGCUGGAAAGUGCAGAUUUUUACUUCCUAAAUCCAGCAUUGACCACGCCCUCCUCUUUCCUUUGUGGAUAGGUCGAUCUGUUAUUUACAUUCAUAUUGGAUUUUAAAUUGGUUUGUUGUCAUCUGGGUAUGGGCAAGGUUGAUUUCUUUGAAUGCCUUUAACCCCAAAUUCAAAUCUUAACACAAACAAUAACCUGGGGAAAAAGCUAAAAUUCGGAAUCACGCUGUAUCUAGCCAGACCUUAUGGUAAAGAUGCUCACCGUUUCAGUAGGGUUUUAAGAAUAAAGACCAUUACUUGUUUUUGCUUCCAUAAAUCCUAAAAUCCUCGUAUGAUAUAAAAGUGUGUUGCAUCAAAAGAACAAGGCAGGGAUGAGUGCAUGAAACAAGCAAGCCUAAGCCUAAGAUUGACACUGAGAGGAGGCAGCACCCUCUUUUCCUGUUUGUCCAACUCUCCUAUAUUCAGGGUGACUGAUCUGAACAGACUUUCAGUAGCUUCGAUCACCCAUAUGGCGCCGCAGGUGAAGGAAAUGCCACAGGCAGAUGGAGAGAAAGAAGAAGAUCCCGAGAAAAAGAAGAAGAAGGAGGAAAAGGCAAGGGAAAAGGAGUUGAAGAAACUUAAAGCAGCACAGAAAGCUGAAGCUGCGAAAGCUCAGGCUGAAAAGGGAUCACAGCCAUCCAAGAAAGCUGAGCAAAAAGCAGCAAAGAAGUCUGUGUCAGAUGAAAAUCAAGAGGAAUAUCAAGAUCCUCCAACUCCUCUUGGUGAGAAGAAAAGGCUUGCUCCAGAAAUGGCCAAAGCAUAUAAUCCAAGUACUGUGGAAACUGCAUGGUAUCAAUGGUGGGAGAAGUCUCGUUUUUUUGUGGCUGAUGCAAACAGCAAAAAGCGUCCAUUUGUAAUUGUGUUGCCUCCACCAAAUGUUACAGGUGCUCUACACAUAGGACAUGGUCUUAUGUCUGCUAUUGAGGAUACCAUCAUUAGGUGGCGAAGGAUGAGUGGUUAUAAUACUCUUUGGGUGCCUGGGAUGGACCAUGCUGGAAUAGCAACACAGGUGGUGGUGGAAAAGAAGAUAAUGCGUGAUAGAGGGCUAACAAGGCAUGAUCUUGGACGUGAGAAAUUUGUGGCAGAGGUCUGGAAGUGGAAAGAAGAAUAUGGAGGAACAAUUUUGAAUCAAGAGCGUCGUCUUGGAGCCACACUUGAUUGGUCACGGGAGUGUUUCACCAUGGAUGAGAAAAGAUCAAAUGCAGUAACAGAGGCUUUUGUUCGGCUUUAUAAACAGGGUCUUAUUUACAGAGAUCAUCGACUUGUUAAUUGGGAUUGUGUUCUAAGAACAGCAAUUUCUGAUAUUGAGGUAGACUACAUUGACAUCAAUAAACGGACACUACGGAAAGUCCCAGGGUACAAAAAUCCAGUUGAGUUUGGAGUUUUGACAUCGUUUGCUUAUCCUUUGGAGGAAGGAUUGGGAGAGAUAGUUGUGGCAACAACAAGACCUGAAACCAUGCUAGGUGACACUGCCAUUGCAGUGCAUCCUACUGAUCAGAGAUACAUGCAUUUGCACAAAAAGUUUGCCAUCCACCCUUUUGAUGGAAGAAAACUUCCUAUCAUCUGUGAUUCAGAGCUUGUUAAUCCAGAGUUUGGAACUGGUGCUGUUAAGAUAACUCCAGCACAUGAUCCAAAUGAUUUUGCUGUAGGUAAGCGUCACAAUCUAGAUUUUAUAAAUAUAUUCACUGAUGAUGGCUUGAUAAAUAGCAAUGGGGGCAAGGAAUUUGAAGGAAUGAAGCGGUUUGAUGCCCGAGUGGCAGUAAUUGAAGCUUUGAAAAAUAAGGGUCUUUACAGAGGCUCUGUAGAUAAUGAGAUGCGCCUUGGCACAUGUUCACGGAGUGAUGAUGUUGUGGAACCAAUGAUUAAGCCACAGUGGUUUGUCAACUGCAGUGACAUGGGUAGGGAAGCCUGUGAAGCUGUGGAAGAUGGUAGGCUUGAGAUCAUUCCAAAACAGUAUGAAGCUGAAUGGUUCAGAUGGUUAAGGAACAUUCGAGAUUGGUGUAUAUCAAGACAACUCUGGUGGGGUCAUCGUGUCCCAGCAUGGUAUGUCAGUUUGGAGGAUGAUUCGUACAAAGAGUUUGGGUUCUACAAUGAUCAUUGGGUAGUGGGAAGAAAUGAACAAGAAGCUGUGGAUGAAGCAAAUGCAAAAUUUCCUGGAAAAGUUUAUCAUAUAGAACAAGACCCAGAUGUGCUAGACACUUGGUUCUCUUCUGGGCUCUUCCCUUUUUCAGUGAUGGGUUGGCCUGAAAAUACUGCUGAUAUGAAGACAUUUUAUCCGACAUCGCUGCUUGAAACUGGACAUGAUAUUCUUUUCUUCUGGGUAGCUCGUAUGGUAAUGCUAGGAAUGAAGAUUACAGGAAGUGUUCCCUUUAAACAGGUAUAUUUGCAUCCCAUGGUACGCGAUGCACAUGGCCGUAAAAUGUCCAAGUCAUUAGGCAAUGUUAUUGAUCCUUUGGAAGUUAUAAAUGGUAUAACACUGGAGGGCCUUCAUAAAAGGCUGGAGCAAGGAAAUCUAGAUCGCAAUGAACUUGAGAUUGCAAAAGCGGGGCAAGUAAAAGACUUCCCAAAUGGUAUAACAGAGUGUGGGACAGAUGCUCUUCGUUUUGCUCUUGUUGCUUAUACUGCUCAGUCAGAUAAGAUAAACUUGGAUAUCCAAAGGGUGGUUGGGUAUCGACACUGGUGCAAUAAGCUAUGGAAUGCCAUACGCUUUGCAAUGCUUAACCUGGGAAAAGAUUUUGUGCCUUGUAAAGAUUUGAAUGUUGGAUCUCUGCCAUUUGGGUGCAAGUGGAUACUCACUGCUCUAAAUAAAGCCAUUUCAAAAACUGUCACAGCCAUGGAGGCAUACGAGUUUUCUGAUGCAACAAGUGCAGUUUAUUCGUGGUGGCAAUACCAGUUGUGUGAUGUUUUCAUUGAGAUAAUUAAGCCUGCCAUGUCAGCAGAUGACAACUCAACAUCUGCUGAAAUAAAACAGUCUACUAGGGAUACAUUAUGGAUAUGCUUGGAUACUGGAUUGCGGUUAUUACAUCCAUUCAUGCCCUUUGUUACUGAAGAGUUGUGGCAACGACUUCCUCAAAUGCCAGGCGAUGCUUCAAGAAAAGAGUCAAUCAUGAUUUCUGAUUAUCCUGCGGCUGUGGAGGAAUGGACAAAUGAUGAUAUUGAGUCACAGAUGGCUCUUAUUGAGCUUACAGUAAGGUCAAUAAGGUCUCUUCGUAUGACUUAUCUAUUACAACCAAAGCAAAGGCCAGAGGCUUUCCUUCUAUGCAAAACUGAUGAUGUGGCUGUAGUACUGGAAAAAUGUGCUGCAGAGAUUUGCACGCUUGCAACCUUAGCAUCAGUGAAGGUGCUAAGGGAAAGUGAUGCGCCUCCGAUUGGGUGUGCGGUAAAUAUUGUAAAUGAGCAGAUUUCUGCUUACCUAUUACUUCGAGGCCAAGUAGAUGCAGAGGUUGAACUUUCAAAACUUAGCAAAAAGAAGGACGAUAUUUCCAGGCAACAGGAAGCACUCUCAAAGAAAAUGAACAUUCCUGGCUAUAACGAAAAAGUACCAGCCCAUAUUCAAGAAGAAAACCUGGCCAAGUUAAAUAAAUUAAUGGCUGAAAUGAACAUCAUUGAGGAGGCAAAUGCAAAUUUUGAAAAACUUCUGGUCAACAGCAGAUAAAAAGGAAAUUUUCAGAUGUUAAAUGUUGAGUAAAGAUGGAACAGUUUUGUAACUCAGAAGAGCUUAGCUCGUCUGACCAGAAACUUGACAAUUAUUUGUUGGAGGUCCUAUGCAAAGAUAAGAUUUGUCCAUUCAUGAACCUUGUCUUAAAUAUGUGCUUUGAUUAUGAAAAUAAGGUAUUGUUAUUCUGCAAUGUUUUUUUGUAUUACAACAGUAUUUAGUUGCGUAAUGACAUUGAUGAUUUAUUGGUUGCAAA